AUGAGAGGUUUUCUUACUCGUCUCUUCAACCGACAGCAAGGAUUGGAUCCAGUAGUUGUUCAGAAGAAGGAGUAUCAAGAGGAAAAGAAGAAAGCUGAGAAAGAGUUGAUGGCUUUGCGCGAACUAUUGACCCGUCAGCCAUCAUACAAAAAGUAUAAUCUUCGCGCUGAUAUCUUGGACGCCCAAGACACCUUCAACCUCUACACCGGUCGCAUGACUCUCGAAAGAAUUGGAAUACAGGAUCGCAUUGAAGGUCUACGUCGAUUAAACACCGAGAUGAGUCAUCUCAAGGAGAAGAUGAAGAAGAGCAAGAUAUCAAUGAGCUCAUGGGUCAUCCAGUCGUGGCACGAGCAUCGCAUCGAGAGGGACCACCGUAUGGAGAUGGCUCGUCAGCGCAAGGAGCACGACCGCCGCAUGGAUUCUUUCUCACCACGCAUCCAGUCGGCACGCUAA